GUGCCUUCGCAAGAGAUAAAACUGCCCUCUUUCUCUCAGCCAUGGCUCGCCACUCCUCGUCAACUCCCACCAUCAUUUCGUCCAGGCAAAAUGGCAAGAGGAGGUAGGGUUAUCUACAAAAAACCCAACAACGGAAGCAGGAAGCGGAAGCCUCGAUCCAAGGACGACGAAGAAGAUGACGAUGGGGAUGAGGAGUACUUAAUCGAAGAGGAUGAAGACGAGGAGUCGGAGAGCAAUUACGAGUCCGAUGUUAACUCUCGUGAUUUGUCCGAUGAAGAAAGCUUCGAGUUCGAUGAAUCCGAUGGCGAGUCCGAGAUCGCGAGAUCUCCGAAGAAGAAACAGAGGGGUUACAAGAAACCCAGGGUUUCUGAUGAUGAAGUGACCGAGGAUCUACCGAAAAGGGGAAGGGGGAGAGCGAAGAAGCGAGAAUCUAGGGAUUCAGAUUACGAAUUUGAUGAGGAGGAGGAUGAAGAUGAGGAUUUUUCACCGGAUGAGGACGAUUUCGAUGAGGAUGAGGGUUUGCUGGUCUCGAAAAGGAGAGGAGCCGUUAAGAAUGUUAGAAAGAGGCGAAGAUCAAAGGUUUCUAAGACAAAGGGGAGAAAGAAAGGUAGAUCAAACGCUUUGCCUGCAAGAAAGAGGCAAAAAAGGACGAUCGGGAGCUCCGAUGAUGAUGAUGAUGAUUUCGUAGUGAAAGAUAGGGUUUUAGUUGGGAGAAAGAGAACAAAGAGAACGAAUAAGAGAUCGUCGGUUGAUUCAGAGUCUUUAAAUUCAUAUUUUGUGACAUCUGAUGAUGAUUUCGUCAAGAAAGAUAUAGCUUUGAUUAAUAAGCAAAGGAAGAACAAGAAGACAGCAGCGAAGAAGACAGUGAAGAAGAAGAUGGAAGGACCUAAGAAAUGGAGAAAGAAGAGAUCUGCAGAGGAUUCAGAGUCAUCGGAUUCUGAUUUCGUGGUUUCUGAUGAUGAUUUUGAUUUGGAGGAUGAUUUCAAUUAUGUCCAAGAGCAAAUUGUAGUAGAUAAGCGACAAACUAAGAACGAGAAGCAGAAAGAUGUGGGAUUUAACGAUAGGAAGAGGAGGAAGAGAGUCGUGGAUUCUUCGGAUUCUGAUUAUUUAAUUUCCGAGAAUGAUGAUGAAUUUUUGAUUGAAGAUGAAUUUUUGAUAGAUAAAGAGAGAAAUCAAAGCAAAAAGACAAGGGGAAAGAGAACAGGGCCUAAAACCAAAAGAAAGAGAUCGAAUUCAUUGGUGGAUUCUGACUCUGAAUCAUUAGAUGUUGAUGAGAUGACUUUGGAGGAAGAGGUUAUGGAUCUGAGAAGAGGAGGGCUUUUGAUGAUCGAACAACCAAAAAGGGUCACUGCUACAAAGAAGGCAGAAGAGAAGGGUAAAGAGAGGCAAGUCGAUUCAUCGGGGAAGCAAGUGUGCGGUGUAUGCUUAUCAGAAGAGAAGAAGAGUGUUAUUCAAGGUUUGCUCAAUUGCUGCUCUCAUUAUUUCUGCUUUGCUUGCAUAAUGGAGUGGUCAAAAGUGGAGUCAAGGUGUCCUUUGUGCAAGAGAAGGUUUGAAACGAUCACUAAAUUGGGCAGAUCAGAUCCAGAGUUUGGGAUGAGUAGUAGUGCAGUGGUAAGGGUUCAGAAGCGUGAUCAGGUUUAUCAGCCAUCUGAAGAAGAAUUGCGGGGUAUGUUAGAUCCAUACGAAAAUGUAGUCUGUAUGGAGUGCCAACAAGGGGGAGAUGAUAACCUAAUGUUGCUAUGUGAUAUUUGUGAUUCCUCAGCUCAUACCUACUGUGUUGGUCUGGGGAGGGAGGUACCUGAAGGUAACUGGUAUUGCGAAUGUUGUAGAUCUGUGAAUGAAGCAGCAUCUCAGUCCCAGUUUCAGGAAACUACGACUGGUCAAGAACCAAUCAACAAUAGCUUUUUCAGUGCUACCAGUCUCAAUGUAGACUCCCCGCGACCAGUAUCUUUGUUUGGCUGCCCUUCUUCAUUGAGAAUUGACCUCAAUGCUUCCCCUAGAGAUUUUCCUGGGGAUAAUCAUUUUGUUCCCUCUCCUAUCUCUGGGUCUGGGGCGUCAACUCUUAUGGGAAGAAGACAUAUACGACAGCGUAUACAUGUCAUCCUCUCCACCGAUAGACAGAGGAGAACCCCCACAAGAACUAAUACGUCGCAGCCUAGUUCAGUAGCAACUAUUGCAGAGAAUUGGGAGACUUCACCUAUGGCAGGCAAUCUGAGUCUGCCCUCGUUAUUAGGUUUUCAGCAGCAACAGCAAAAUCCCAGGCCUUUCUUCCACACGCAUACUAAUUUGGCUCCAUGCAUGCUUAGUGAAGGAAGUAGUUUAAGACAUGUAGAUGGUGCGAAGGAAGAAGUGCGAAAAAUGGUGAGACAUCAUCUAAAAGACCUCGCCAAGAACAGGACAGUGGAUCACUCUACAUUCAAGGAGAUUGCAAGGAAUUCAACCCACACCAUACUAGCUGCUUGUGGAAUCGAGCAUCGAAGGAGCAUGGUUACUUCUGUCAGUGAGCCUCCUGAUAAUUGUGUACAUGAUUCAGAUGACGGACCUGAACAUCUGUUGAAAGGUUGUUGCUCGUCUUGCUUUAACUCUUUCGUUAAGGAUGUGGUGCGAAGGUUAAUUGAUACGAAAACUUAAAUUUGUGGCUUAAAACUUUUAACCCCAAAGUUCGCAAAGUCACAUCCGCUGCAUGAUUUAAUGAGCACUGAUGCUGCAGAGAGAGUUAACUCAUGUUGCUCUUUUUCGAGGGACUCGGAUUGUUACAGCGGCAAUUUUUUUUUCAUUAUAAAUUUAUUGAAAUUUAUUACUUUUAUGGAUAUUAUAGUGGCAACCUGUUCUUUACAAUUUCAUUGGAUUUAUUUUUAUACCUACUACUGUUGCAUAGUGUAAAUUGUGAACAGUGUAAAUUGUGAAAAGUCUUCAGAGUUUCCUUUCA